AUGAAGAAACUAGCCAGGAAGGUUAAGUUCAUGGGCGGUGCCACCGGUGGGCGGCCAUGUUACAAGCCCAUGUCCCGCGACAACGACGGCUGCUCCUCCCCCAAGACGCCUACCGGGACAUUCCCUGUGUACGUGGGAGAGAAGCGGCAGAGAUUUGUCGUCCCGAUGAGCUACCUUUCUCACCCUUUGUUCAAGAUUAUGUUGGACAAGGCGUACGACGAGUUCGGGUUCGAGCAGAGGAAUGGCCUGGCUGUGCCAUGCAGCGUCCAUGCGUUCUUGGAAGUGAUUAGCGCGGUAGAAUGCUGCAAUGGGGGUUUUGAUUUUGGGGACAUGGUGGAUGAGUUUCUUUAG